AUGAGGCAGAGGGGACCUACAGCCGGUGCCAUUGGCCUCCCAUGUGCGUGCUGCCAACUGACCCAUCAGAGGGAGACCGUGAGCUCCGUGGCUGUGGCUGCCGUGGUGCUGGUUGUCCAGGCCCUGCCUUCCCGGUCAGGGAUGGCCCCGGUAGAGCCAUCUAGGGGAGCGGAGAGUGUAAGGUGUCCUCAUGUGGGAACACCAGUGGGAGGGCAGCUUUGUUUGAUUUUGUUUUCAGAGGCAUUGAAAGCUAGUUCACUUUGGAGAUUUAUUGUAAAAAGCCCAGGUAGUUCUGCCUGGUGUCAGCCCCCCUCCAUUCCUACCGAGGGAAGUGGCCAAGGUGGCAGGCAUCGUUUCCUGGCCCUUGUUUCUCUGUGGUCACCAGGAAUGCAGCUCCAUUCACGGCUCCUCCGGUCCUGGGGGCUUCAUGCAGUGGGGCUCCCAUUUGGAGGUGCCUUGGCAGAAUUCAAGCCCCAGGAUGGCUCAGGUUGGGGACCGAUUGGGGUCAAGCCGCUUACCAGCAUCUCUACCCUGAGGACAAGGGUGAGCCAGGACCAGACGUGCCACCUCCUUACUCAGGUCUGGAAUGAGGUUUCAGGGACCAAGGAACUGUGGAGGCAGCUGUGUCUGAGACGCUGGUCAUCAUGUAAAACCUCCCAGAUGACCUUGGGCACACAAACAUGGAAAGAGUACUAUCUCUGCCGAUCCGAGCUGGAGUUCCGAAUGGAAUGUGGGCGGCCAGAGAAGGACUUCAUCUGCAAAGCCAUUGCCGGGCACACAGGAGAGAUAGACGAGCUGGCUUACAUCUCAACCAAGGAGUGCCGGUUUGACGGGCAAGAGAAGUCCUUGGUGUGCACCGUGUCCUCGGACAGCACCGUCCGAGCCUGGGAUGUGCAGGAGGGCACAGAGAUCUGGUCGAGCCCUCUGCAGCCCGCUGCUCUGGUGAACGUGGUGACCUUCCCUCGGCUCCAGCUGGCCAUCACCGUGGAUGAGCGGGGCCUCAUCAAGGUUUGGGGAGCGGAGAACGGAUGGGAGCAGGCCUCCUUCCGCCUGCCUACAUUCUCGUCUGCAUUGCAGGCCUGCGACCAUCCAGAGGGCCCUUUCCUGCUGGUGGCCUGUGCCGAGGGCUUCCUGUAUGCGCUCACGGUGCCCCAGCUGCAGCUGCGGUCCAGGACUCGCGUGUUCCCGAGCAGCCCCACCAGUCUCCUCUGCUCUCCUGACUGCCAGUGGGUGUUCGCUUCAACCCAGAACUCAGACCUGGGCCCGAAGGUGUUCCACACUCGCUCCCUGCUGUGUCUGGUGGAGGAGGAGCCUCCCGUCUCCACCACUCUACCCAUCUGGCUGACCUCCAGAGCCUGCUGGGCCCCUGACGAGACAGCCAGGCUGAUGGUGACGCACAGAAAUGCCAACGGCAUGCAGCUGGUCAUCACCACCUACGAGCUCGGGACCAAGCGGUCACGGGAAGGAGUGGACGUCGUGGUACAACAGAUGGCAAGUUUCCUCCUGCCCAACUCCAUGACCCCUCCUCACCUCAUGAAGGGCCACGGCUCUCAGGUGAUCCUGCUGGUGUCCGGGUCGGAGCUGGCGCUCUUCACCAUCCACGGGGUGCAGCUGGCAGCCUUCCAGGACCACCAGAGGCCCAUCACGUCCAUGUGGGUGGACCAGAGCCGAGUCAUCACCGCUUCCUUUGACCUAUCCCUGCGAGUCUAUGUGUGGAAUAAAGAAACGAAGCCUCCCGUCCUCAAGAGCUGCUAUCACCUGCUUGGGGGCUCCCACAGAUGGGCCAGUGGAUUCACCCACGUGGAAGGCGACAGUAUGAGCAUUGUAGGUGUGGAAGCCAGGAACAUUGGGACGAGUAUUCUGAGGUCAUAUUGCUUCAGAGUGCAGCAUGGCUCAGAUGACUGCAUCAAUUGAAGAUCAUCUCACUUUGGUGAAGAGCUUGUCUACAUACAGACUAAAUGAUGACUUAUCACCAUCGAGACAGAAAUGAGCAAUUCUCAGAUACCUGUUAUGGACCAGGCACUGUGCUAUGUGACUUUUUGUUAAUCCUCACAAACCAGUUAAAGAGGUAUGAUGUCUCUGUUUUUCACAUGAGGAACAGGACCAGUAAUGGGAGAGUAACCCAUUAUUGGCCUGUUGUCCAGCUGCCACGCCCCCUGCCUAAGCUUGUUCAGAUAGUAAGUGGUAGAGAGGAGUGGAUGCCAGAAGGCCCAAGUACAAGGGGCUGGGCUUGUACCAUGAUUAUUUUGUUGUUAGAUAUGUAACGAAGUAAGGAAAUGGUUUUCCCCCCCAUUCUGUUAUGUGCUUUAGGCACACGUUAAUAAAUGGUUGUGUGGCACCACA